AUGAAAGAUUAUGAAUUUACAAAACCAGAACCAAAAAUUUCAAAUCGCACUAUACCAAAUUCUGAAUGGACUGUUCCAUUACCUAGUAAUAAAGAUAAAGAAAAUAAAUGUGAAUUAGUAGCUGUAUUGCGAAAAAAUAUUGAAGAGGAAAUACAAAGAGAAGUAGAAAAAAUUCGAUUGCAAGACAGAGAUAAUAUUUCAUCAAAUGAUAUUCUGCCCGCUUCAACAAAUAUAUCUACAUCAAAAUUAAAAAAGCGUCGAGUAGUACAUUCAAAAAAUAAUUUGAAAAAAAUUGAGCUGAAACCAAAUUAUUUUGAUUUAGGGUGGGCACUUCGAGAACGUCAAGAAUAUGGUAAAUGUGGUGGAGGAAAACAUAUGACUGAACGAGUCAAGCAAUAUCUUAAAACCUACUUUUUGUCUGGCGAUAUGGACAAGAAAAAUCGAUUUACUGCUUCUACGAUGCUUGAAGAAUUGCAAAAAAAAGUAGAAAUAGGUGAAUUAGAAGCAGAUGAAAUACCAAAAAUAAAGACAGUAGAAAAUUGGAUAACGCGAUAUAAUCAAGAGCAUAAAAAGGAAUCAGCAAUGAAAGAGUUAUGUAUUCCAGUAGAAAGCGAAUAG